AAUAGAGAAAAAGCCUCACUUGUUUAUACAUUUCACAACCUAUCCCUGUCAAAAAAGCCACCUGAUUUAUGUUACAUUCUGUGUCUCGCUGGGAGUAAAUCUCUGACGCUGCAUUUAUCCGCAUCAGACAGAGUGCAGUACUGGAUGAGCCCGCCUCACCAGGUGACAGAAAAUCAACAACAGGAGGAAGAUGACCUCAUCAAACCAAAGAAGCUGAUAAAUCCUAUCCUGGCCUCCCUCCAACAGAGAGCUCUUCAUCAGGAGCUGCUGUUCUGCCAUAAACAGGGGUUUCUGCCAAGAAAGAAAUCCGAGUUGCAUCGUGUCCUCGAAAACAAAGCCAGAGAGCAGCUGAGGAAGAGGGAGCAGGCUCUCCGACCUCGCUCCGACCUGGAGGUGAAACUGCAGAGGAGACGGCAGAAAUUAGAACUGUAUGAGCUGGAGGAGAAGAGGUGGAGGGCCGGGUUGAAGAAUGUUCCCGAGUUUAUACAUGUGAGACAAACCCUGAGGCACGUUCCACAUUCUUCCUAAUGCCUACCAA